AUGGCUCUAGUAUGGCGUGAAUACACGACUACUAAUAGCCUCUAUGAAGCAGCUGCAUCAGCACAAACCGAAAUCUCACACAUUAUACCGCGAGACCACCGUGUCACCACGAGGCCUGAAAGUCUCUUCGCACUACUUCAUACUCGAUUUUGCAUUCAAAACAUUCUUUAUCCUCCCCAGGUUUCUUUGCGCCAUCGCUCGAACUUGCAACACUUUUGUGCAGGCACCAUCAUACAACCCCAAUGGAUACUCACAGCUGCUCACUGCUUUAAGUACAUCAAAGACCCCAAUAAGUUGGUUGUACAAUACGGCUCCAAUCAACUCACUCACCCUAAAUCGAAAUUCGUAAACGUUAGUGAGAUACUACUGCAUGAGGGGUAUAGUGCCACUAUAGCCAUACACGAUAUAGCACUUUUGAAGCUUGCACAGCGCCUCCCAACAGAUACUGUAGAGCUUGCCGAAGGGGUAAAUCUCACAGAAAUGACACAAACAAAACCACCGUUGCUGCUUGUUGGUUGGGGACUCAACGCGACAAAUGGCGCAUUGCAGCAACAACUACAAAAGGUGGCACUCCAUUUACUUGCGCCCGCUGAAUGCCGCCAACGAACACAAUCGCUACAGCAUAGCACAAAUUUAUGUGCCGGUGCAAGUAACGGCACCAAGCAGGGGCAAUGUAGCGGUGAUUCCGGUGGGCCAUUGCUGUUGAACAAACAUCAAAUCGGCAUUGUUUCCUGGAGCAUAAAACCAUGUGGCGCCUAUCCCGGGAUAUUCACCAAUGUCGCCUGCUAUGCGAAAUGGAUAUGGGGGCACAUCAAGCAGAGGAAAUAA